AUGGAGCUUCUGACAUUCACCGGACAGUUGGUUCUUAUUCCCAACCAAAAAACAAAUGAUAUGUUCAUGCCUGUUGAGCAGGCAGGAUCUGUGCAAUUGUGCUGUUCAAGGAAAUUGACGUUUAUAAAACAGAAAUUUUCAAAAACUUUGACCAAGCAAAUUGCGAAAGGGAUAAAGUCUAGGAAGGCUGUGAAGUCAGCCGUUAGCCAUGCUGAUUUCCAAAACUACGACCUCGCUCUGAUAAUAUGUGCUCGAUUUAGACUACAGAUGUUGGACUCAAUGCUCUGGCAAACAGCUUUUAUUUGA